AUGACUGCGACUCGUUUAAAAAAUGCAUCGGUAACUAUUGAUGAUCUACUUAAAGAAUAUGAUAUUCGUUUACGUCCCUCAUUUGGAAGUGAACCACUUUUCUUAGAUAUUGAAAUUCGUUUAGCUAGUUUUGAUAGUAUAUCUGAAGUAAAUAUGGAUUAUACAUUAACACUUUAUUUAAAUCAAUAUUGGCGUGAUGAACGUUUAAUAUUUGGUAAUACAAGUGAAGAAAUAACUUUAACUGGUGAAAUAAUCGAUAAAUUUUGGUUACCCGAUACAUUUUUUCCUAAUGAUAAAAGUGCCUAUUUACAUGAUGUAACAGAAAAAAAUAAAAUGAUACGUUUAAGUGGUAAUGGAGAUAUACUUUAUGGAAUGAGAUUUACAAGUACAUUAGCAUGUAUGAUGGAUUUACGAAGAUAUCCACUUGAUAGACAAAAUUGUACUGUUGAAGUUGAAUCUUAUGGUUAUACACAAGCUGAUGUUAAUAUGCGUUGGAAAAGUGGACGUGCAUCAAUAUUAGAUCUUGAUAAAGUUCAAUUAUCACAAUUUACUAUUAUGGGUUAUGAUACAAUUUCAUAUAGCAUUUAUUUAGCAACGGGAACUUAUCAACGUCUUUCGUUAAGUUUUAUUCUUCAACGAAAUAUCGGUUAUUUUUUAUUUCAAACUUAUCUUCCAUCGAUUCUUAUUGUUAUAUUAUCUUGGGUUAGUUUUUGGAUAAAUCAUGAAGCAACUAGUGCUCGAGUAGCAUUAGGUAUUACUACUGUUUUAACAAUGACUACAAUAUCGACUGGUGUUCGAUCAUCAUUACCUCGUAUAUCAUAUGUUAAAGCAAUUGAUAUUUAUUUAGUCACAUGUUUCGUAUUUGUAUUUGCUGCUCUUUUGGAAUAUUCAGCUGUUAAUUAUCUUUAUUGGGGUACAAGAGCUAAAAAACGUAAACAUAAAAAUCCAGGCGGAAAAUCUAAAAUAGAUAUUCAUAAUGAUUAUGAAUUAGAUGAAAUGGAAAUUAAUCGUGCUUCACCACUUGUUGGUUUACGUUCAAAUACAUCUGGUAAUCGUCGAAGAAUGAUAACAACAUCAUCAACAUUUGAUGAACAUUCUCAAAGUAAUCAUUCUAUAGUUACACAAAUUCCACGUCCACGACCAAUGGUUAAAGGAAAUCCUGCAUUAAAUCCAUCGUCAUAUAAUCGAAAUUUACGUCCACGACGAACCCGACGUUUUCUGAAUUAUCUUCGAACACGUACAAGAAAUUUUCGUCAUUCAAUUCUACAUGUCGAAGAUGUUAAUGAUGUAGAUAGAUGGUCACGUGUUUGUUUUCCAGUUUUAUUUUUACUAUUUAAUGCAGCUUAUUGGCCUUAUUAUAUAGUUCGACCACAAACAUCUACUUAA